CCAGCAGCAAGGGGGCGGACGCAGCGCUCCGGGGUGUCGACCUGGGCAAGCAGAGCUGAUCAGUCAGUCGGACAGUGAAAACAGGUUCUGAAAUGCAGCAAACAGACAAGCGCAGCCCAGGUGCUGCGACCCGGCCUCGGGAAGGCCGCUCAGGGCCCACACCACCUCCCAGCACCGCCUCCUGCCUCCACGUUAUCCCAGCACACUCUACCAGAGGGAUCUCCGACGCAGAGCAGAGUUGGCUGGAUCAGACAAUGACCAUCCCCCGCGCACCACCUGCACCAGCCACACACGGGUUGGCAUGGAAGGCUCACCCAAAGGGCAGCCCACCUGCCUCCACCCUGGCUGGGGCCCCAGGAAGGGGGACCCGCAUGCACCAAGGCCUGGCCCUGAGAAAAGGCAGUGAUGGUCCCCUAGCCGGGCAGGAACCCGGGCCGGCGUCUGCUGGGAGACUGGGGCAGAUGCACCGGCUGAGGUCCAGCCUGCUCCCAGCCCAUGGAUCGUGUGAGAACUCCGUCCCCCACCGCGGAGAACAGAAGACCCCGAAGGGCAGCUGGAGGGAGGGCCGCCGGGGCAGGGUGGCUCUGGAGGUGGACACGCAGGGCAGGGCGCCCGGCGCCCCGGGAGCAGGAGGGUCCUCCGGCCGGCGGAAACCAGCCCAAGCCGGGAAGCUCUGCCGCCCACGUGGCCGAGGCUCGGGCUCCGGCAGCCCCCACUCCAGGGCUCCCACCCAGGACCGGGCGCGCGCGCAGGCCCGGGCCGCGGGGGGCACCGCGAGGUGAGGGUUGGCGGGGCGGCGCCAGGGGGGCCCAGCGGGCACCUACCUGCGGCCGCGCCCGCGCCCCGCCACGUGACCGCGCCCCGCCCCGCGCGCGCGUGCGCCCUGCCUGCGCCCCAUUGUUGGCCGCGCG